AUGAGUAACAGAACACUGAUAGAGCUGUUUGGCCACAUCGUAUUCAGUUUUACGCGAGGCAUGGCAGUGCAAUAUAAUCCACAAGAACAUGAAUUCAGAGCAGAGUCUUUUGACUACCUUCCUCUACAAAGAACAGGUCUAGAGUGGGACUAUCAACCUGUUGAUGAGUUUAUUUAUCAGGAAUAUAGCGACAGGGAAGUCACAACCUCUGACCCUCUCACAGUCAGCCGCCAUCAAGUAUUGGUUAUAAAUGCAUGUUCACCAGACGAAAUCGAAGAAAAACAAGAAAGUGGACAAGAUGAGGACAGCGCAAUGUCUUGGAAGCAACUCAGACCAUCUGCUCUUUGCACAGUUUUGAAAUCAAUGUACACUGGAGCUUCGAUUUCUCUGCUAACAGCGGCCAUCAUCGGCUUGCUUUACAUGUCAAUCUCCUAUCUUUGUUACAAAACCGUCCACAACUGUGAAUUUUAUCCCCACAAAAUUCCAGUCUCAGUGCAGUGGGUGAGAACAUUAUCUACACUAAUUUCAUGUGCUUUUCUUUACAUGUGGAACUUUGCGAGGAUGUUAUUUCUCUUUCGGCCGUAUCAGUUACUAGGAGUGAAAGGAAAACUUGUUCUGGUUUCAAUUCUUGUUUACUUUUUAGACGCACUCUAUCGCGUGGCUCUACAAGCUUUAGGAAUAUCUAAUUCCAGACUCUCCGUAUUCCUAAAGAUUCCACUGAACACUUUGUUUCUUAUCAGCAUAUGCUUGCAAGUUUACUUCUUAACAAAGCACUUCUGCUUCCGAUCAAGGAGACUUAGACUGAGUCUGUUUUUACAGAUGAUAAUGCCUGGCUGUUUCUGUUUCGUAUUUGCUAUUGCCAUAGCUGCUUUCAUUUACCCACUGUUCAACGAACAAAACGAAGAUGAAAAACUAUUGAUAGCAGUCUUCACACCUCUCACUGGGGUCGCACUGAAGGUCAUUUCGCGAAUUUAUGUACAACGAUCAUGGAACAUUACACAUCCAGGAUAUUCCUAUGUAUUGCUGUCGCCGCUGUACCUUGGCACAGCCGUCAUGCUUCGAGUUUUGCAAGCUGAUCUUAAGAGCUUACAAUCCAUGGCCAUCCUUGGAAUAAUUCACGGUGCAGCAGAAGUCAUAGAACGAAGUACCAUGGUUGUCAUCGAUCACGUUUGUCAUGUUAUUUUGAAAAGAAAAUUAGCUCCUUGGGGAAGUUUUCGCACGCCUCGCCAAGAGAGAUUGAUGGCUGAUCUUAGCAUCACGAGCAUUUUGUAUGAAUCAACUGCUAUAGUGUCUGUUAACGGAUUUUUGUACUUGUACAAAUUUGUCUAUUUAGAAAAUGUGUCUGUUUUAGAAUUGCUGCAGUCUUUUACCGUUCGGACUUCAGUUCAGCUGGUGAUUGAGUGGUUUUUCACCAGCGUAUCUCUUGCGAUUGUGACUCAUUAUCAGAACAUGGCUGUCAUGGCUGUUUGGCGAAAAAGAUGGAAAAGACACACCCUGGUGGCCAUAGUAAAUGCAGUUCCUUUGGCUAUGUGGACCAGCACAAAUCUUUUAAUCAUUGUGCACGGACGUUUUCAAGAGUCCUCAUAUCAACCGUGCAAAAUGCCGUUUAUUUAG